GAGCAGAAGCCCAGCGGCCGCAGACAUGGAGGGGCCGGAAGCCGGGGCGCGAGCUCCAGGGCUAGAGGCCCUGGCCAAGCUGGCAGACAUCGUGGAGCCCAUCGGCCGGCAAGAAGAGGCAGAGCUGCCGGCCCAGAUCCUGGCGGAGUUUGUGAUGGACUCCAGGAAGAAGGACAAGCUGCUCUGCAGCCAGCUUCAGGUAGUAGACUUCCUGCAGAACUUCUUGGCUCAGGAGGACGUUGUCCAGGGACUAGACCCCUUGGCUUCUGAAGACAUCAGCCGGCAGAAGGCACUUGCAGCCAAGGAACAGUGGAAAGAGCUGAAGGCCUCCUACCAGGAGCAUGUGGAAGCCAUCACAGGUGCCCUGACCCAGGCUUUGCCCACGAUGGUGGAGGCCCAGAGGAAGCGGGCACAGCUCCUCGGAGCCCUGGAAGAGCUCCAGGCCAAGAAGCAAGUGGCCACGGAGAGACUGAGAACAGCCCAGAAGCAGUGGCAGCUGCAACAGGAGAAGCAUCUACAGCAUCUGGCAGAAGCCUCUGCAGAGGUGAGGCAGCGGCAGAGAGGAGCUCAGCAGGAGCUUGUGCAACUGUCUCAGGAGCUUGGAAGUCUGCAACAGCAGGCGGGGCAGAAGAGGGACACACUUCACAGGCACCAGACCUUCCUCCAGCUGUUAUACACUCUGCAGGGGCAGCUGCCAUUUCCCGAGGCAGAGACAGAGCUGCCACAGAUGCUGGAUCUUUCUAAGGAUAAGCCCCAGAAACAGAACCCUGGGGAUACCAUAGGGGAAGACAGGGGUAUGCCAUCCAAGGCUGAUGGCCCACAGCCUGCUGGAGAUCUGAGCUCACCUGGGCUUCCUGAGGGACAACAACAUGGGAAAGGAACCUAGAGCAGGUCAGACACUGGACUCUGGUGUCCCUGGACUGCAGGAGUCAUUUAUUUGAGUCAUGAAGACACAUGGACGCUAAGGGAAAUCUUUUUCAGUUUAUUGCAGUACUGACCGCUAUUUGUGGUCUGCUGUUUUUUGUGAGUGUUCAGUUUAUUUGUGAAGAAGUUGAAUGGACAUCCUGGCUCAUUUUAAAUUUUGUAUUAGGAGUGGAGUUCACAUUUAGCGCUGUCACAGAACUCAAGAGAUGUUUGCUUCGUGGAUGUUGUUAGUUGGACAGUGUUAAAGUUCUGCGACAAGAACAGUGCACUUAUUUUAUUUGAUGUCAUUUGAAGCCUAUCUAAUAUUUCCUAGGUAGUUAAGUAUAUGAAAUGAUAUAUAAUACAAAUUAUAGACAAAUUAAAAAUCUAAUGUUUUCCUCCAGGCAUUAUUGUCGUCACAGAAGUAUAUAUGCCUGGCAGAAAUGUGGAUGAAGAAUCUCCUUCCUUGUAACAAAUCCUCCAGAGAAUUCAAAAAAGUUUCAUACUUUAAGUCCUCAGUCCCUUGAAUUGCAAUGUCUCUAACCCUUUGUGGCAUUUGUAUUAACAUUGAAUUUCACAUGUUUC